AUGACAGAAACUGGAAACUAUAACUUUUCUCAAUCUAAUGCACCAAAUAAUCAACAAUAUUAUUUUAAUCAACAACAAUUAAAUGGGCAACAUUAUUUUAAUCAACAACAAUUAAAUGGGCAACAACAAUUUAAUAACCAAUUAAUACAGGAUGAAAAUAAAAAUGAUUUAGAAAAAACAAAUAGAUAUUGGUGUUCCUUUUAUAUCUUUUAUGGAAUUUUUUUAUUUCUUACUUUUGCAUUUCUUGCAAUUGUAAUGAUCUGUAGUGAGGAUUUUAGAAAUGGAAUUCUUAAAGUUAUUGGAAUUAAAUUAAACCAAUAA